CGGAUCGCUACCCAGUUGUUUGUGUGUCAAAGGUGUAGUGGUUUCCGGAUAGCUGGCAUUGUUUUUACCAGCGCCAAAGGCAUCGUUCUAAAUGGUUAUACAUGGGACAGCAGACUAUACAACUAGGUUCUAGCCAUACCGCCCUGUAGUCCACAACGGCACUGGUUGCCUUAACGCUACGGCUUUUAUACGUAGAACCUUGGUAAUAGUGAGUCACACGAACCAAAACCAUUUAUUAGUAUUUAUAUCACAAGGGCUCCCUCAUCAAUAUCUUCUGCUGAGUUAGUUAUUUCCACGAGCAAGCCAUCCGUAUUAAUUCAUCGUUUAACUUCCAAUGAGUUCCUCUUAUUUUCGAGUCUCUGUUCAGACCUCCUUUUCUCAAACAUCCCCCCAUACAGUCAAAUCCUUCUCCAUAUCUUGCCACAACUAUGGCUCCAGCGGCCCUUCCACUGGCCAUCCAAGCGACUUUGGCACAGGAGGUACCUCUUAUACGGGCUAUAGCUAUGCUCCUGACUCAAGCACUGAAAAAUUCAUCAAAGAGGCGAUGAGCCAUGUCAAACGAACCACCGAUCGUGUCAAAGAAGCCACUGAUCGUGUCAAAGAAGCCACCGCUCGUGCCAAAGAAGCCACCGAUCAUGCGUAUGGAGGCGCCACGAACAUCAACGGAAGAGUAUACACAACGUGUACCGACAGUUUUACUUCCUCAGGGAAAACCCUCAUCAUCAACCCUGUAAACAAGGGAUCUGGUUCCCAGACCAAUGGGAAUGUGACUGUGGUGGAAGAAAAUAGCGAAAGACGGAACUGAGCCCUCGGACAAUUUUACUGCAUGGAGGACUGAUGGCCUCUCAAUCGCAUUGGUCAAAAGUUCAGAGCGAGCAGAUGACAUCACGAGUUGGCCAAGCGCAGAUAGUGGGAGGAUGAAACACAUCUCUAGUACACACUCAUCUCUAGUACACACUCAUAUUGAGGAUUAACUACAUUCAAUGGACGAUAUGCACUGUCAUGAUUGUUGAGGAAUUUGUAUCACGUAUAACAUUGCCAAUUCCAUAGGUCAAGGGAUUGAUCAUAGUGUAGCUGAUUUCCUCAUAGUAGC